UAGCGUGCAUAUCAGAUGAAACUAAACAUUUAUAUUUAAUUCAGCAUAAUAUGUCUCUAAUAUUUAUUCAGUUAAUCUAGCCUAAAACUGAAGAACAACUUGUGUACCUGUUUUCAAAUUUAAACAGUUAAUGAUGAAAAACUCGAUGAAUUUGUCAGCUGAACAAAUUAGAUUUCACAUCACUGGAGCUCACUGGACAUCACUGGGUGUAAGGGUUAGUUUUCUAUGUAGAGCAAUUGGCUGUGCGUCAUUGGAAAUUUGGACUUUAAAUCGACACUCAUGCUUGGUCAUACGAAUUUCCAAGUUCUUAAUUCCGAGGUAUUUAAUAAACUGAAGAUAGGACGGUUUUCUCAAGAUCACGAUACCGCACAGCAGACGACCGAUCAGAAUGCCUCCGAAAACGACAGGAAAAGCCCCCCUAACAACGGCUAGUAAAGCAGGUGCUGCAGUCAAACCCAAAGCAACCGGCAAAGGACCGGCGAAACCCGCGGCUAAACCGGCGGCCAAACCAGCCGCUAAACCAGCAGCCGCGGCCAAGCCAGCCGAAGUCGUCCCAGCUACGAAGACACCAGAACACAAAAUCACGAUAAAAGAAAUUGCAGCAUUUGCACUCCAAGACUCAGAGGGAAUAGUCAAAGCUUCCAAAUGGUAUCCAAUGAUUAUUGAUCCCAGCGAAGUUGCCGGGCGAUUUCUUCAAUACAGAGAAUGCACUUUCAUCAAUGGCUUGGAUCAUGAGUUCAUCAAUUCCCCUGAUCGAAUUCGAAUCGCUGUAUUAGCAGCUUUAAGGCAUGGAAAAAAACUGGUAAUUGAUAUGAUGGGAACUGACCUCCAUGACCCCAUAGACAACGUCAUGGAGAAGGUUCAACCCGGUCUUCUCGAAAUGAUUAUGAACAAAAGCAUCAUAGAUGAUGAAAAUAUCAAAAAGUUGAUGCGACCUGAAGAUGACGAUUUGUAUCGAGAUAUCCUACAAUUUGGAAUGAAGGAAGAGUUCGGGUUUAUCAUCGUCACAUCAAGUGAUAAACCCAAUGGUUUCACGGACAAAAUGAUGAUAGUGAAAGUGGAGUGAUAGCGGUAGUUUUAAACUUAUUAAAUUGCAAUAAUAUAUAUGUAUGAGGAGUGCUGCCCGGACAACUACUGAAACAUGCGUGUCCUAGAACUCCGUCCAUUGUUAUUUUCUGUAGAUUAUCAACAUGCAUGUAUCAAUUAUGCUCUAUUUAUGGUUUCCUUGUGAAAGGGAGACAAUUCAAAGUAUUGACCACAUUCUGUCUGACGACUGUGAUUUGUAUUUCUGUUGUUGCUGUGUCUUUUAUUUUGUCCUCCUGUGUGUUAGACAAACCAUGCGCGUUAUAAUGAUUAUGAUUGGCGAAUGAAAUGUUAUAUAUAUUAUAUAUCAUAUAUUUAUGUGAUGAAAUAGAAUCGAGAAGACAUGAAGAAGUUGUUUUUUUUUGUAAAGGUUUCGCGCUUUAGGUGUAUCUAUUUGCAUCUGUAGAAAGAAAAGGGAAGCGCUAUCUAAUAAGCUUAACAAUAAUUUAAUAAUAAUAAUAAUGUUUCUUUUACUUUCUUACCAAUACGUUUACCGAUCAUUGUGUAGUUCUCUGUCUUUCUUUCUAAGGGAUGUAAACGAAUACUCGUUCGAUGAGAUAUAGUUCGAAUAUUUGUUAUAUUUUUCUCAAUAGUAAAACACAAAGUGAAAGAAAAAUAACUCUGGCAAAAUAAAUUGUAAAGUUUGA